AAGCUGGGAAGAACUCUGAGAGUCCUGUAGCAAGUGUCACAGCACCUCAGGGGUACGGAGGAGCUAGGCCAUAAGGCACCCAGCCUGGCCUUCCUGGUGGACUUGGGAAGUUUGUCGGAUUACACGUCGCUUUCAGCUUGCGCAAGGGCUCAGUAGCCUCUGCCCAGCAGCUGGAGAGGAGUCACUUUCCACGCCCUUCCUGGGCCUCCUUGUCUAUCGAGCUUGACAGCGUUGGACUCCGGUCCCCAGCUCUCCUCCAUGCUGGCUGGCAGACAAGAGGGAAAAAGGCAGAACGAUCCUCCACUGGUGCCAACCAAUCAGCAGAACCCUCGCCUUCCUCUGGGCCACCACCUCCACUCGGGGCAAGGUCGCAGCAUCUGCGUCGGAAAUCACGGGGACUUCUUCCUGCUGGCUCAGCUGGGAGGCCGGGGAGUGUUUUGCAAAAAAACUGUUUAUCUGAAUUCUGAAAUAACAGUGGAGACGGCUGCCCUCUUAAGCUCGCCGACCCGGGUCACACAUAGGGUUCCAGAUGAAGCCCGAGUCGGGGCAGGCCCUCUUCCACGUGGCCCUGGUGAGCUGCCUCUGCGCGGCCACCGUCCACACGGCUGUUUUCGCAGGUGUCUCUGUCCAAGUGGGCUACGGGCACUGCGCCGGUUCGCCAGCCUCCCUGCCUUCUGCCGUGCCCUUCGCCUCGCUCGUUAACGUGGCCUACGUGCUCCUGGGGAUGUACUGGCUGCAGAGCAAGGCCAGCGCCCCGGGGGGCCCCACAGAGGCACGGAAGGCUUGCCACCUGAAGGACGUCUUUGCGGGCACGGCCCUGGUCUCCGGCCCGGUUCAGUGGCUGCGCAUUGCCGUGCUGGACCAGUGGCUCACCUUGCCCAUCUUUGCGUGGCCGGUGGCCUGGUGCCUCUGCCUGGACGGGGGCCGGAAGCCCUGGCUGUUCCUGGCUGUCGAGGGCCUCUCCCUGUGCAGUUACAGCCUGGCCCUGCUGCACCCCCCUGGGUUUGAGGUGGCGCUGGGCGUACACGUCGCAGCAGCGGUGGGGCAGGCCCCGCGCGCUCAGGGGCGCCACGGCAGCGCUUCCUCGGGAACGUACUUGGCUCUGGGCGUGCUCUCCUGCCUGGGCUUUGUGGUCCUCAAGCUGUGUGACCACGAGCUCUCGCGGUGGCAUCUCUUCCAGCGGCUCAUGGGCCGCUGCUGGUCCAAAGUCUGCGAUGUGCUCCAGUUGCACUUUGCCUUCUUGUUCCUGACCAACUUAAACACCUGCCGAAGAUGCCCUCCUGCGGAGAAGAUGCGUUAAAGUGUGGAAGGAAGGUGCUUCCGGCCGCUGACCUACCUUAACAUCCAAGUGCGCUCUCCGCUGGCAUCCUGUCAUCAGGGUUCAGUGUCCUGGGUGCAGCAAGAUAGGAUGAUGACAGAAGACUGCCCCUUCCCUCGAACUUACGGGCUUCAAUACUCUUGAGUAUGAACAUUCAACAUUAUGAAAUGUUAUGCUCUCUGCAACUUACUUUCAAAGGGUUAAAGCAAAUAUCUAAGGGCCGGGAUGUGGGGUUCCAUUUCACUAUUCUUGUAAUUUUUCUGUAGUUUGAAAUUUUUCAAAAUAAAAUGUUGGGGGGAAAGGACCCCAAGAAAUCCAUCAGACUCACGGUUGGACAAAGAAUGUGGGAUACAAGCAUGCGCUGGCGACAGUGGGGCAGGGUCGCUUCUGGCUGGCGCUGGGGUUACCGGUGAGCGUCCCCAGAGGUGUCUGGCUGCAGGGAGCCCGAGUCAUAGUAAACACACACGCCUAGCAGACCGGUGGGGAGAUCCGAAGUCCAGAGCCCUAACUCACUGCGACAUCUGUGACUGCCCAGCUGACAGCAGGUCACAUGGAAGUCACGUCACCUCAGAUCCCCUGUGGAACAAGGCAGGGUGCGUCUAGAUGAAGAAACACCCACAAAUGUCAAAAGUGGAAUCCUCAAUAGAAUGUUGCUUGCUGGGCCUUCCCUCAGAGCCGGGGUAUAGCUUAGAUGUCCUCGGCAGCUAGGGUUACUGAAGUGUCAAGUGUCUGUCACCCACGGAGAAACCCGGGUCCUUAGGAACCACGACCCCCUGAUGGCAUCUCAGCGUAGGGCCAUGGAGUUGGCAUCUUUCAACCCCAAAGCGUGCUCCUCAUGCAGGUGAUGAUGUUUGAACAAGAGAGCCCCGCCGGGUGGGGGGACACCGAGGCCCAAGAGGUGCUGAGGAUUCUGCCUCUGGGUUGCCCUUUAGAGACCAUCUCCCUGGGCAUUCUUUCUCCCGCUCGUUAACGUGUUCUUUAGACACCUGUUUCAUUCCCCGUCACCUGAAAGCCAUCUGGUCUUUAAAGACAAAGGUGAGGGCAGGAGGGAGAGGAUGUCCUGUCCCCGCCGAGUGGCGUCUCAGGACGGGCAGCCCACGUGCAUCUGUUCAGCGUCCCCUGAGGCCCCUCUCCCUCUUGCCAUGACUACCAAGGUGCUUUUGAAACCGGGUACCUGGGCAGGAUGUUCUGUUCUGGGCACAUCUCCGGUGGGUGGCAGGUCUCAACCAAGUUGUUACCUGAAGAACCCUGUCGGUGAGCAUUGCCCCUGCUCCUCCCCUGAGGACUGGGGCCCGAGGCGGGGCCUGCCGGCUGAAGAGCAGGGCCAGCAUUUGCUUCGGGAAGCAGCUUUGUUCCACUCCAGCUGUCUCGAAGGCUUUGCAUGUCCUAGAAGAGGAAAAAGGCUACGGGCAUCUCCUCGAAGAGGCCAGAGCGGGGGAGGGGAAAGAUGUGAUUUCUCGGGUGGCUCAGUUAGAGACGGAGGUGGGAGUGUGGCGGGUCUGAUGGGGGGUGGGCCUCUCUCUUAGUCGCUGUUUCCUUCCUUGACAGAGUGGGUCCCCUGAGAACUGGGGCUUUGCAUAGCCUCGUUCAUUCCAUACCUUUGAGCCGCAAGCACCCAUAACUUAUUUUGUUGUUUUUAUUUUAUUUUAUUUUUACC